GACAAUAUCGUGAGCUUCAAGCCCCGGGCUUGAAGCUAUUUCUGUCCAGUGUCUACUACUUGACCAUACUACACUUGACUGUGUAGUACGGUCUACCGCUAUGCGUAGAACGCCUCCGAACGCCUCCGAACGCUUCCGAACACCGCCGAAACUCCACCGGAUGUUUGGAGAUGACGUAUCUCCCCCCAGAUGGCGGCAAAAUGUACCUGUUUUCCGUCUUGUUAUCGUUGCUAUUAAAUAAAAAAUGUCUCUUUCUACGCGAAUGGCUCUUGAAAUGGAUAUCGCUGCUAGAAGGCGUCGUCGUCGGUCAUCUCGUAGAGCGACUUACCGGCAGGUUAUGAUGUAUAUAUGUGGACAUUUGGCUCAAGGUGCAAAUCCCACAUCCUAUCGUGAGGUUAAUCUGCAUGUGCCCAUCCUUCGUAUCUACUACAAUGGUGGAGACCUCAAGCGAGAUCUCCGCUUGUCUCGGGAGACCAUCACAGCCCUUAUUGCAAUGCUGGGGUCUGACUCGGACCAUGGAUGGCCAAUGGAGAUCAACGUGUUGGUAUUCAUUUAUUGGCUUGCCCAUGCUACCACUUAUCCAGUGGUGUCGAGGGCUUUCGACAUCCCACGGUCCACGGUCUUCGUCAUGGUACACCGGACAUGCAUGGCUAUGGGCAUUCUCCGGAGGGUAGUUGGACAUCCCCAGGACCUGGAGGAAGUUGGGAAUGGCUUUGCGGCAUCGGCUGGUUCGCAAGCAUUCAAUGUGGCAGUGGGGGCCAUAGAUGGCUGCCACAUUCGUGUGAAGCCCCCAGCAGCAGAUGGAGCCUGCUACUUCAACCGGAAGCUCUUCCAUUCAAUCCAGAUGCAGGCCAUCUGUGACCACCGAGGCAGGUUCAUCGAUGUCCACGAUUCAAGGGUGCUGAGGAACAGUCCGGUCUUUUAUGAGGCCUUGUACCCACCUGAGGGCCGGUGCAUCCUUGGGGAUGGUGGGUAUCCGUGUUGA